AUAUUGCAUACACUUAUAGACUUAGACUUGAAGACUUAGAAGAUAUACUUAUCAUAGCGUCGAUAUCAAUACCCGUGACGGUUUGCUUGUACACCUUAAACUCAUUCAUCUCAUACACACCGACAGAGCCAUGUAAUCUACCGGUCAACGAAGACACAUCUCAUCAGCAACUUCCCCUCCUCACUUAAACACGCUCAUCUCUCAACUAUACCCCCGAAGUCACCACCACAAUGCCGCCCCCCAUACUAGGCCAUCCAUUCCGGGUGUUCCUAUACACAAUCAAAGCCCUCGCACUAGGCCACGUCGCCGUGACCUACGGCUACAGCUGCGGGUACGGCUGGGGUCCAUCCAUGCUCCCCACAUUCCUAAUCAUGGACGAAUGGUUCGUAACCGACCGUUCCUACCGACGGGGCCGUGGUGUAAGUGUCGGAGACUGCGUCGUAUACUCGAUCCCCGUGAAGGCUGGCGAGGAGGGCAUAAAACGAGUAUUAGGCAUGCCAGGGGAUUACGUAUUAUUAAAUUCACCGGGUGUGGGGAGUGAGAAUAUGAUACAGGUCCCAAAAGGUCACUGCUACAUAGUCGGCGACAACCUGCCCUGGUCCCGGGAUAGCCGCGACUUCGGACCCUUACCUAUGGCCCUCAUAAAGGGCAAAGUGGUUGCCAAGGUGGCGGUAAACGGCUGGUGGCCCUUCAACUGGUUCACGAAGAUAGAAAGCGGGCUUCAUCCAGCCUCAGAUCCACCUAAAACAUGACGCCUCCUUUCUCACCUAUUCACGUGGAUCAAGCUGCAUUAUGAAGAUCAUGUGUAUAUAUGUAUUAAUUAUACUUGUAUUACGACUAUUUAUUUGUCUGCAUUGCAAGGAGGCGUCUCAAAAACAUGAUGGUAGUAUGCGGGAUAUCAUUUUUUGAGGAACAGGGGCAAUCUAAUUACAAGAAUUUAAUAAUCCCACGCCUGACGCUUACACACAAGUAACGCGCGAUCUGCUAGGAACAACUGACCGAACGGUCGUUGUUUUUCUUUUUUUGAAAACGGCAUACGCCGUACUGUACAAAUGAGAUUGAGUGUUUCCGCUUUCGCGAGGGUAGAUUCCUGGGCAAGGAAUACUACCUACA